AUGGGAAGCAAGCACAGCGGUUCAGCAUCAGCUUAACGCCGCGGCGAUAAUGGCUCGAGUUAGUUGUACUGAUUACUACUAGCGAGCUUAGCGAGCGGACGAAUGGCCGAGGAUGAAGGGGUGGAGAUUCGGACUUUGCGAUGAAGUGUAUUCAACCUCCAAAAUCAAUCCCUGAUCACGAGAUACAUCCGUUGUCAAAAUACCCUACUAAGCCCAGCCCUGAAAUAAACCGACUAUGUCUGUCCAAGUUGUUGCCAUUCUGACUCCUGCUGCGGGGAAGGAAGCCCGUCUCAAGGAACUCUUAACUGGCCUUGCCGAGAAAGUCUCCAAGCACGAGAAAGACGUUUCCAAGUACCAAGUUUUCGAGCAGUUCAAUGGCGAGAAGGGGAACGUCUUGGUUGUCGAAGAAACAUAUGAUAACCAGGCUGCGUUUGAUGCUCAUUUCAAGACCGAGUACUUUCAAGCAUUGGGAGCCAGUAUUCAAGGAGAGGGACUGGUCAGUGCUCCACUUGAUAUCAAGACGAUCAAGCCAAUUGGUGGAUUUGCAUCCAGAUAGAGGAGGCAGGUUGUGGAGAUAUGUGCAUGUACCGUUUAGAGAAUAGAAUAUUCGAGUGGUGAGCUCUUGACUUUUAAGAGG